AUGGCUAUUCAGAAAGUCGCAGUUGUUGGAGCCUCUGGUCUUCUCGGAUCAAAGGUCGUCGAUAGCCUUCUGAAAGCUGACUUCCAAGUUACAGCUAUUACUAGAAAUGAGUCUUCUGCAACAUUUCCCGAGAAAGUGGACGUGAAGCGUGUCGAUAUCACUUCAGUUGAUUCAGUCAAGGAAGCUCUGACUGACCAAGAUGCCGUGGUAUCUACAGCAACAACCGCUGCAGCUGGUGGUCAAAAGGUCAUCAUUGACGCCGCUAUUGCUGCGAGAGUUCCUCGAUUUAUCCCUUCCGAGUUUGGAAUUCCGUCUCGUCAGAAUCGCGAUACCAAGAUCGGAAAAAUUCUUGGUGCGAAGAUCCAGAAUACUGACUACUUGAUUGAACUUGCCGAGAAGCAUGAUUGGUUUUCAUGGACUGGUCUCUCUAACGGCUUAUUCCUUGAUUCGGAUCUCAAAAGCGCAAGGGGAUUCAUCAACAUCAAGGAUCGCAAGAUUCGCAUCACCGACUCAGGCAACGAACCCUAUUCUACAACGUCACUCGCCUUUGUCGGCGAAGCUGUAGCUGCCAUCUUGAAGAAGCCAGAAGAGACCAAGAACAAGUAUCUCAAUAUUGCUGGUGUGACAACAACCCAGAAUGAAGUUCUGAAGAUCGUUGAGCAGGUGACUGGGGACAAGUUCGAGGUUUCACAUGUCACUGGCGCUGAGCUGGAGAAGAGAGGAGACGAGAAGAUUGCCAAAGGAGACUUUAGUGCUUUUGGUGACUAUCUGGAGCAGUUCCUGUUUGCGGAUGGGGCUGGGCACUCACUAAAGGGUGAUGAGAAUGUGAUUGGGUUACUUGGGCUCAAGGAGGAGAAUCUUGAGGAGGUUAUCAAGAGUGUCGUAGCUGAGGCCAAGUAA